CUUGACUAAUCAUCUGAUUUGAUUGCGUCGUUGGAGUUCAUAACCCUUUGUUUCUGGGAUGCUUAUAUGUUUGUUGGUUUGAUCUUGACUUUAGGUCGAGAAUGAAAAAGAUGUUUUGAGCACGCCAGCUUAUGAGUAAUUUAGGGGCCUGCAUGUAACGAAUUUGUGGCAGCGGAAGACAUACUCUUUAUUGGUGACUAUCCUUUUAUAAGGUCCUACCCUUCAGAUAUUAUUAUAACUUAAUGCCUCUGGUACAGGAACUAUCAGAAUAUGCUAUUUUCUUGCAUUUAACAAUUCCAGUGGAGCCAUGUUUGCUCAUUGACAUUUCUAUUUAAAAUUGCUAGGACGGACAUCUUUUUCUUGCCGUCCCAACUUGGGUUUUAAUUUAAAAAUACUUCAAUGCUUACAAAGGAUUCAUUAUUAAGGGGGAAUUUUAGAGUUUGGUUGUAUUUUGGGGUGUGAACAUAUUUCGCAUAGUGGUAUAAAAGGUACACUAUCCACAUUUUAUAUAAUUUCUCAAAGGAGUAGAGAACUAAGGACGAAACGUCAUCCAGAAUAAACCAAUAAACAAAAGGUCCCCCUAGAUAUUUAUUAUAACUCUUAUUUUAUUUUAGAUUGAAAGCUCCUUUGGAUGUUGUUUACUUUUUCCAUCAACUUUUAGUUAUAUUUUGCAAUAAACUUCCUUUCAUUGAUCUCGCAUGAUCUUUGAGCCUACUUCAGAGCCUAAAACUAUCGAUAACCAAUAGGCUCAUAGCAAUGGCAAUAUCCUUUCUCUUCCCGCAGACUCCUUUUCUCCUAGUUCUGUUCUUUACGACCCAAAUUUCAGCUCAAUCUUCGCCACCACCACCACCUGCGAUGGCCACAAACUUUUCAUGCUCUGCGGAUUCACCACCAUCAUGUGGAACAUAUGUGGCCUACUUUGCGAAGCCUUCAAACUUUAUGAGUCUGGAUAACAUAUCUGAUCUAUUUAUGGUGAGUCGUCUGUCUAUUGCAAAGGCAAGUAACCUAAUCUCCGAGUACACGAAGCUGGUUGCAGGUCAACUCUUGCUCAUACCUAUCAGCUGCGGUUGCACUGGAAACCGAUACUUCGCCAACAUCACCUAUCAGAUCAAGAAGGAUGACAGCUUCUAUUCAGUUUCAACAGGAGAAUUCCAGAGGCUGACCGAGUGGCAUGUAGUGGAGGAUUUGAACCCAACUCUGAAUGCAACCUUCUUGCAAAUUGGUGUUGAAGUAGUAUUUCCAUUGUUCUGUAGAUGCCCCUCCAAGACUCUUUCAGAAAAUGGUUUGAAACAUCUUAUUACUUAUAUUUGGCAAUCCAAGGAUGACAUAUUGAGUGUGAGUGCCAAGUUUAAUGCCUCCCCUGAUGACAUAAUGGCUGAAAAUCGUUAUCACAACUUUAGCACUGCAGUGGGUUUUCCUGUGUUAAUCCCCGUGUCCCAAUUGCCUGCUCUCUCUCAACCUCAUCCUCCUCGAGAUAGUAACAAGUUGAAACGUCGAUGGAUUCUUAUCACAGCUAUAUGUUCAGCAGGAGCUAUCCUUGUUUUCCUUUUGGCUACUGUCCUUGUUUAUGCUAAUGGUUCACAUGCGAGGAAGACAAGAAAUAGGCCGAUAUUAUAUUGGAAUUCUUCCUCUGUCGCAAGCACUGAUCUGAUUCUUCCAAAGAAAGAAGUUAUGAAGGUCAAAGAUGUUGAACUUAAGAUCAAACAGGAUAAACUUCUUCCUGGAGUUUCAGGCUAUUUAGGCAAACCAAUUAUGUAUGAGAUUAAGACUAUCAUGGAGGCCACAAUGAAUUUCAAUGAACACUAUAAGAUUGGAGGAUCAGCAUACAGGGCCAUUAUCGAUGGGAAAGUUUUAGCAGUGAAGAUAGCCAAGGAAGAUGUUGCAGAGGAACUGAAGAUUUUACAGAAAGUAAAUCAUGCAAAUUUAGUGAACUUAAUGGGAAUAUCGUCCAACAUCGAUGGAAAUCACUUCUUGGUAUAUGAAUAUGCUGAGAAUGGAUCACUUGAUAAAUGGUUGCACCUCAAAUCUUCAACCGGUUCGACCUCUGCCUCAUUUCUUUCAUGGAGUCAGAGAUUAAACAUAGCACUAGAUGUUGCCAAUGGUCUGCAAUACAUGCACGAACACACUCAACCAAGCAUUGUUCACCGUGAUAUAAGAACCCGUAACAUUCUUCUUGAUUCCAAGCUUAAGGCUAAGAUAGCGAAUUUCUCCAUGGCUAGACCAACCUCGGACGAAGCUAUGCAAAAAGUGGAUGUUUUUGGUUUUGGGGUUGUUCUUUUGGAGCUACUUUCGGGAAGGAAAUCCAUGGAGACAAAAGAAAAUGGUGAGGUUUUAAUGUUGUGGAAGGAAGCAAGGUCGGUUUUUGAAGCUGAAGAGAGGGGAGAAGAGGGGUUAAAAGAAUGGAUGGAUCCAAACUUGGCUAGCUUCUACCCCAUUGAUGGAGCUCUGAGCUUGACUAGCUUGGCAAGGGCUUGCACAGUGGAAAAGCCAUCAGCAAGGCCAAGCAUGGGGGAAAUUGUGUUUAACCUCUCUGUUCUUCUUGCUCAGUCAUCUUCUUCUGAGACAUUCGAGGGGUCAUGGGCUUCGACUGUAGAAACUGAAGAAGUUGUUCAUGUUAUAAGUCCAAUCACAGCCCGCUGAUUAUAUUGUAGAUAUUAGAGUCUACACAGCUCCAAAUAGGUCCACUGAGUCAAUAGAUAUUCAUUUAUGAUAUACUAAAUUAAACCUGAUAAUUAUAGUUUGCUUGUGCUGAAUAGAGAGGUGGUUUGUGUGUAUAGUUUUUCAGCUAUAUUGCAUUUUAAAUUUCCAUUGGAAAAUGGUAUUUUUCAUUGCUAUGCCUUGCUCAUAUGACAGUUAAAUUCAAUGAUAUUUUUCAGAUACUUGGAAUGAAAACUUAGGAUGUGAAUGAUUUACCUUG